AUGGCUCGCACGCGGAGAACGCGUCAAGCUGCCGACACUGCUCCAGCCGGCGUGCCCGCCGACGACGACUCUGAACAGCAGCAGACGCAACAACAGCAACCAUCCACCACUCGUGGCCGCACACGAACCACCCGCGCCGCUGUUCCUAAACAACCAGAAUCCGUCGAGCCCGCGCCCGCGCCCGCCCGCCACACGAGUGUCGACUCGGUCGAGAUCGGCCGGCGCGCUCUCGAGACACCGUCCGCGGCGCGCCGCGACACGACCGGGCUGGACCUCGCCGACGACAGCAUCUUUGGUGACCUGGGCGACAGCUUCGCCGACGGCGAGGUGCCCGACCUGGAGCGGGAGCCGCGCUCGGCGUCGACGACGCGCUCGUGGAGCACCUUCAAGCCGCGCUCGCGACAGUCGAGCGUGGUGGGCCGCACGGACGGUCCGAUCCGUCCCAGCAGCCGUGGCGGCGCCGGCGCGCACAACACCUCGGCACUGACGUCGUCGUUCAAUAUUGGCGCGUUCCGCAGGCGCGCGCGUGAACCCAGCAUCCUCGGUGCCAGGGGGGCAGGGACUGGGCCUCGCUCGGAGACGUCGGGCCGCGGCGCGCAGUCGGACCUGGAGAGCGACGGCGAGGAGAACUUUGCUCCAGAUGCGGAGUCGACGCCACUGCACACGAGACGCCGCACGCGGGCUAGCCUGGCGUCCAACGCUGCCGUGACCAGCACCAGCAGCAACAGAAGAGAUGUCUCGGCACAGGCGAGCGCGACCACGGCACGCACGACGAGGAAGCGCAAGAGCGAGGUGGAGGCGGCCGAGGAGGAGGAGCGCGUCACCAAGACGACGAGGACGGAGGAGUCGGACAGCAGCGACUCGGAUCUGUCCGAGCUGGCGUCGCCGCACAUGCCGCCGUCGACGCCCGUCCGGCAGCGGGCGAUGACGCCGGUCAACAUGGACGAGAUCAACGCGCCGCCGGCCAGCAGCGGGUCCGAGGACGAGGGCGGCGCCUGGCCCGACAUCCACGCGCUCGCGAAGCGCCGUCGCCGUCCCUCAUUCAUGACGCCACUGCGGGCUGGCGCCAAUGACGACGACGACAUCCUGUCGGACAUUUCCUCGCCGCCGUCGUUGACGCACUCUCCCAACUAUUCGGGCCGGGCGGGCGGCCGCGGACGCUCCACGGUACCGCAGCCAAAGCCCCUGACGACGGCGGACCUGGCCAACCUGCUGCCGAAGAGAAGAUACAAGAAGACGCGCGAGGAAGGCGACGGCAGCGACGAGGAGGAGGAGGAAGAGGAGGAGGUGGUGGAGGAGGUGCCGGUGACGCGCACGCGCGGUGGUCGAGUCAGCCGCCCGCCGAGCAGAGGGCCGUCGGCGUCGGGGCGCAGCAGCAACCAGCGCGCCACUCGCAGCGCGUCCAAGCACAAGACCUACGGGCGUCGGUGGUCGGAUAAGGAAAACGACAACGGCGAGGGGGAGGGGGACGGUGAGGAGGAGAGCGACAGCCAGUUCCAGCCGGUCGCGGACGACACGUUCGGGGACACGACGGAGGCGGCGGGUCCCCCGGACUUCCAAGCCGUCGAGGAGCUGAGGCGCGCGACGAAAAAGUUUAGCGAGGUGGACAAGUGGCAGCUCGAGUACGAGGAGGUGAGGAAGAGCCCGUCGCCGCAGGGAGCGAGAUAG